GUUCCCUGCGUGGAGAGCCGGGCAGGCGCACGCUCGUACGGCGGCCGCAGCGGCAGGGCGGAGCCGGCAAGGCGGGCUACAGAGGAAGACCCUCGAUCGCGACCUCGCCUUCCACGGUGUCUCUCAGACCUCGGCAACGUUCCGGAGUCCGGAGGACUUGUGCACAGCGGCCAUGGGUGGCGUCGAAAAGCUCGGCAGGAGACAGAAGCCGCGGGAGGGGCCCACACCGCUGGGGGCGCCCCUGCCCAUCUUCCGCUGGGAACAGAUCCGUCAGCACGACCUACCAAACGACAAGUGGUUGGUCAUCGAGCGCCGUGUCUACGAUAUCAGCCGCUGGGCACAGCGGCACCCAGGGGGCAGCCACCUCAUCAGCAACCACAGCGCGGAGGACGCCACGGAUGCCUUCCACGCCUUCCACCAGAAUCUCCAUUAUGUGCGCAAGUUCCUGAAACCCUUGCUGAUUGGAGAGCUAGCCCCAGAGGAGCCCAGCCAGGAUGGGGCUCAGAAUGCCCAGAUGAUCGAGGACUUCCGAGCCUUGCGCCAGGCAGCUGAGGAUAUGAAGCUGUUUGAAGUUAACCACAGUUUCUUUGCACUCAUGCUGAGCUUAAUCCUGGUUAUGGAGUUGCUGGCCUGGCUUAUCAUUUACCUCUCGGGCACCGGCUGGGUGUCCAGCAUCCUUGCUGCCAUCAUCCUGUCCUUAUCUCAGGCCCAGAGCUGGUGUCUGCAACAUGAUAUAGGCCAUACCUUCAUCUUCACGAAGUCCAGGUGGAACUAUGUGGCCCACCAGUUCGUGAUGGGGCAUUUGAAAGGCUUCUCUCCCCAUUGGUGGAAUUCCCGCCACUUCCAGCACCAUGCCAAACCCAACAUCUUCAACAAGGAUCCAGAUGUGGGUCUGGCACCUGUCUUCGUCCUGGGAGAGUCAUCUGUGGAGUAUGGCAAGAAGAAAAUCAGAUACCUACCUUACCACGUUCAGCAUCUGUACUUCUUCCUGAUUGGCCCACCAUUGCUCACCUUGGUGAACUUCGAACUUGAAAAUGUGUGGCACAUGCUGUGGUACAUGCAGUGGAUGGACUUGCUGUGGGCUGCUAGUUUCUACUGCCGCUUCUUCUUGUCCUAUGCUCCCUUCUAUGGUGCAACUGGGACACUGUUUUUCUUUGUUGCCGUCAGGGUCCUGGAGAGCAACUGGUUUGUGUGGAUCACGCAGAUGAACCACAUCCCUAAGGAGAUUGGUUACGAAAAGCACCGGGACUGGGUCAGCUCUCAGCUGAUAACCACCCGCAAUGUGAAACCUUCGUCCUUGGUUAGCUGGUUCACUGGGCACCUCUGUUACCAGAUUGAGCACCACCUCUUUCCCACGAUGCCAAGGCACAGUUACCCCAAGGUGGCCCCCCUGGUCAAGGCGUUCUGCAGCAAGCAUGGCCUGCAGUACGAGGUGAAACCCUUCUUCACUGCCAUAGUGGACAUCAUCAGAUCCUUGAAGAAGUCUGGCGACAUCUGGCUGGAGGCAUAUCUCCAUCAAUAAAGACAGCGCCCUCUUGGGUGGCAAAGCAGGAAAGUAUACAGACUCCAGCAAUCACUAAGUCACUGGGCAAGAUGGACAGCCCUCUUCACCCCCUGCUGGGGCAGCCUGCCUGGUCCUCGACAUCUUCUGUUCAAGAGCCCUAUGGCUGUGGCACUUGUUCAGCAGGACCAGGGGUAGAACAUAGCAUGUUUUCCUAGAGCAAGAAUGGGAGGAAAACUUGUUAUUUUUAUAUAAAAAGCAACUCAGACACAUGGA